GCGAGAAGUUGGGUACGAUCUGUCAAGACGCCAUUGUCAUUGUGUAAAUUUUUCUUGAAAGCUACUGUGUUGUUUGUUCUUUCGUAUGACUUAUCUUGUUCUGUAAUUAAUAGUAUAGGUGUAUAAUUGUAAAUUGUGGGUUUCUCUAUAUCGUUUUGAUCCAUUGAACGGAUAUAAAACAUCGUGAUGGGACUCAUUUGUUCCACAGCACAGCUUGCCUGCUUGUGCGGCAGCACAGCGUGCAGUUUCUGUUGCUCUCAAUGCCCGACAUGUCGUAACAGCACAAGUACUCGUAUCAUGUAUGCAUUAUUAUUAAUGCUAGGAACUAUCGCUGCUUGCAUUACAUUGGCUCCCGGUUUACAAGAUGCACUCAAAAAGGUACCGUUUUGUGCUAACAGUACAAAUUAUGUCCCAUCGACUUUCACCGUCGAUUGCGAGUCUGCUGUUGGAUAUUUAGCGGUUUAUAGGAUAUGUUUCAUCAUAACACUUUAUUUCUUUUUGAUGUCUAUCAUAAUGAUCGGCGUGAAAAGUUCUAAAGAUCCUCGGGCACCUAUACAGAACGGAUUUUGGGCUAUUAAAUAUCUUCUAAUAAUCGGUGGGAUUAUCGGAGCCUUUUUCAUCCCUGAAAAAUCAUUUGGAAUAACAUGGAUGUAUUUCGGAAUGAUAGGUGGUUUUCUUUUUAUUAUUAUCCAAUUGAUUCUUAUCAUUGUGUUUGCCCAUUCAUGGGCCGAUGUGUGGGUAGGUAAUUACGAAGAUACAGAAUCGAAAGGAUGGUACGCUGCGCUCUUGGGGGUAACAUUGUUUAAUUAUGCUGUUUCUAUCACGGGAGUUAGUUUACUCUUUGUAUAUUUUACCCAUCCAGACAACUGUUCUUUGAAUAAAUUCUUUAUAUCUUUCAACUUAAUCUUGUGCGUGAUUGCUAGUAUUGUGUCAAUUCUCCCAAGCGUACAAGAACGUUAUCCGCGUUCUGGUCUUCUUCAAUCGUCUAUCGUUUCGCUGUAUGUUAUUUAUUUAACGUGGAGUGGAAUUUCAAACAGUCCAGACGAGGAGUGCAAUCCUGGAUUUUUGCAAAUGUUCUCUCCCGAUGAUGCUAAAGCACGCAAUCACGUUACUUUUGAUAAAGAAAGUAUUAUUGGUUUAAUCAUCUGGUUCGGUUGUGUGCUGUAUAGCUCUUUGUGCAAUGCAUCCAAAUUAUCAUCAGAGAUUAUAAUGUCUGAGAAUGUUCUAGUCAAGGAUAACGGAGCAGUCAGGAAUACAGCAGACCAGUGUCUUAUCAACAAUGAAGAUUAUACUCCAGUAGAAGGCCGGAAUCCUGAUGCAGAAAGUGGAGGCGAAGCUAAAGUUUGGGACAACGAGGAGGACAAAGUAGCUUACGAUUGGAGUUCAUUUCAUCUAAUGUUCGCCCUCUCUACGUUAUACGUUAUGAUGACUCUUACUAACUGGUACCAACCAAAUUCCACUUUGAAUACUUUGAACUCCAAUGCCGCUUCGAUGUGGGUAAAAAUUAUAUCCUCCUGGAUGUGUUUGGGGCUGUACGUAUGGACACUGGUCAAUCGUAUAGCGUUUCCAAACCGAGAUUUUUCUUAAAUAUAUAAGAUUCUAUCACGAAACACGAAGAGUGGUAAUUAGCCAGUUUUUCUAAUGCCUGUGUAGUUAAGAGUAUUGUAAAAAUAUGUAUAGAAAGUCCCGACGAUUGUCACUGUUCUGAAAAAAACGUUAAUACUCAAUAUAUUUUUAUACAUUAUUAAAUGCAGAACGCAGAAGAAUACUACUACGGGGGCCUGUGCUGCUAAAAUAAACUACUAGCAAUUGCUCGCGAAAACAGUAAUGUUCUUCUCAAGAUGGUAAAGUUUCCAUUGCAUUUUAAUCUAUGUGACAAUAAUAUAAUUAUGCCCAACAGUUUUAAUAAACGCACUACUUUUUACAAAAAUUAUGAUAACUAUUUAUUUGCCGGUUCAUUAAACCACUCAAGUUAAUAAUCAGUAUGUUCAUGAUUGUCUCGAUAACCAGGAUAUGUGAAAAUAACUUGGAUAUACAGCAACCAUUUCAUUACCAUACUUUCCUAAUCUUGUAUAUCAUAUCCUGUACUACUUGCAAAGAUUUCGGCUUAAAAAAAUUCUGUUGUCCGAUAUAGUUGAAUAUAUAUAUAUAUAUAAAACAAUGCAUCAACGUGCAAAUAUACAAAGCCGUAAACCUAAUUCUUCUAACUCAUACCCAAUGAUGGAACUUAAUCGCACUCUAUUGAAACGUGUAAAUUUAAUUUAAAUAUGAAAUUACACGAAACGUCCUGUACGUAGAUAGACAAUUACAUAAGUACGAAAGAUAACAUGUAAGAUGAGAAGUAACC